GGUGCAGAAGAAGCCCUCCCCUUGCCUGCGAGCCGGCAGAUCCGGGUCUUGCAGUGCUGCCUGCUAGACUGACGUGGUCGACGGAAUCAAAACACCAGGCGAAAGGCAGAGUCGCUCCGCAGCUGCGCUGGCUGGCGUCUUGGGGCUGCGCCUCUUGCUCUCCAGAUCCGAGCAAACCCGGUGUUUGUUAUCAAGGACCGGUUUUAGCUUCAUCUGAAUAGCCAUGGCAGAAGGUGGAUUUGAUCCCUGCGAGUGUAUCUGCUCACAUGAACAUGCCAUGAGGAGGCUGAUCAAUCUGUUACGGCAAUCUCAAUCCUACUGCACAGACACGGAAUGCCUUCAGGAACUGCCAGGACCCAAUCCGUCUGCUGAUAAUGACAUCAGUGUGACAAUGAUAAUGGUGGGCUGGCUGGUUCUGGCACUGGUACUGUUCUUGAUGAGACCUGCUAACCUAAGAAGACCUUUUACAGCUGAAAAACCAUCCAGCCCACAUAAUGGACAAGAACCACCAGCUCCACCUGUGGACUAGACCUUACUGGAGGAAGCUCAGCGACUGUAACCUUGCAUGACCAAAAGAACGAACGUGACCAGAAUACUUCUCUAUGUCGCACACAAUACUGUUCUGUUCCAUACAUUUAUAAUUGUUUUGCACCCCCUCCCAUUAUAUUUGAAUAAGUUAACAUAUGUGGCAUUUUUGCUGAUGUUCAUUGGACUCUAGGCAUUGCACUUUGCAAUAAUAUCUGAAAGAAAAUUAAAGCCUAGUUGUCAUUUUUUCAAACAAAUUGUUCUCUCCCUGCCUAUGGCUAAAGUUGCAAAAAUGCACACAGUCCACCAAUAAUGUAUCUGUGAUCUAUGUACAUUUAUGGGGUGGAGGGAACUGCACAGAAGUUCCCAUUGAAUGUGCCAUUAUCUAUGGAAUUGUAGAACAGGGGUGGCAAAUCUGUGCUCCUCUUGAUGUUGCUGGACUAAAACUCCCAUCAUUUCCAGUCAGCAUGGCCAAUGGUCAGGGAUGGUGUAAACUAUUGUCUGGCAACAUCUAACUGGCCACAUGUUAGCCUCCCCAAAACCCAAAUUGUAUCUCAUCAAUACAACUUUGGAUUUACUCUGUGCCUGCGAACUAGAAUUGUUUCAAAGGGAUUCUGCCUACUAUUUAUAUCUGUGUUAGUGUUGUCCAAAGUACAUCCUUCUCUACAAUAAGGCCAAAUUAAAUGUAUUUAUUGGAAGCAAGCAAAUAAAUUUAGUAUUAAGAUAACUAAAGAGUGCAUAACUAAAUGUUACAUAUGAAACUAGGAAUAUUUACAAAUACUAUAAUAAAAGUAGUUGUCUGUAUACUUCUCUGUAAUGGAUAUUCCACUCCACAGCUACCCAUGUCCAGUUAUUUUCUGUAAAUGUAGGGAAUAAGUAGAAUAUAAGUGUGCCUAAAUUGUACCACAGUAAGUUUUUUGUUUACAGAUGGGGGGAGGUUACUAUAGCAAAUUAUUUCCAACCACCCAAGAAAACUUAUGACAAUUAAUACCAUGUUCACAUUCUUGCUAACUUAGGAGCUAGCAGAACAAUCCGUACUGCGCUUUAACGCAGUCUUUUGACCAUCAGAGAAGCUGUUCCAGAUUUCUUAACCUGCCGCAAAACUCUGUGUUGCAGAAGAUUCAAAUAAUGUUUUUUUUAAAAAUUGUGGUGGUGUUCAUUACAUUUAGCUUUGUGUAUGGUGCCGACUACCUGGACCUGUUGCUCUUGGUCUGCAUGGAUCGGCAUGCUAUAGUACAUCUAUGUAUUGGAAGCUGCCUUUCAGACAUGUUUGUGCACCCUUGCCAAACCUGGCAAGGAACUCGAGGAUUGCCAGAACAGUUUGAAAACCUCUGCUUUAAGAUUUCAGAUGGAGGGAUGGUGGGGAUAUAGGGGCUGUCAACCAACAUCUAGUCCAGUGUACUAGGGGAAAUGGAAAUAUUCUGCUAAGAGGCCCAAACUGCAUUCUCCCUCCUUUUGCAAUACAAUUACACUGGUGGUGUUUGAGGAAAGGAAUGUGUCCUUUAGUGCCUCUUUACAAGAUUCACUUCUCAUGAAGGACCUCAUUCUUAGAACUUGAUCUUUGUAUCAAGGGUUCAGUGAUCAGAUGGAAAGAGAUACUGCACAGCCUGCUUGAUGGGAACGAGAAAGCAGGCUUGCGGUUUAUGCUUUAGUUUCUAAUACUUUAAAAAAAA